AGUUUCUUAUUUAAAAUUCUAUUAUGAAAUGCGAGGGUUUGCCGAAAACUCUUGAACCAAAAGCAAAAUGUGGAAAUGAGUAGUGGCCCAAGUAGUAUAGUAUAGUAGUGAUAAGAAUGGGUAAAAGGGAGAGGGCACAAGAGAGAAGAGAGCAGAGACGCCAACAAAUCUCUCUUCUCCGUACUAUUCCUUACUCUGAUAAUCAAAGAUGGUGGUCAAAUGACACUAUCGCUGUCGUGACUGGUUCAAACAGAGGGAUUGGAUUUGAAAUUGCUCACCAACUGGCAUCACAAGGCCUAACAGUAGUUCUUACAUCACGAGAUACUCGUGUUGGUGAAGAAGCAUUGAAAGUCAUGCAAGAAGAAGGUUUGAAUGUGGUAUUUCAUCAGUUGGAUAUUGUGGAUCCUGCAUCAAUUGAAACAUUUUCUGACUGGAUAAAGGAAAAAUAUGGCGGUUUAGAUAUACUGAUCAAUAAUGCAGGAGUCAAUUUCAAUUUCGGCACAAAUAAUUCAGUGGAAUUUGCAGAAAUUGUUAUCCGGACCAACUACUUCGGCACUAAAAGUAUGAUUAAAGCUAUGAUUCCAUUAAUGAGGCCUUCUCCCUUUGGCGCUCGUAUUGUUAAUGUGACCUCACGACUGGGAAGACUUAAUGGCAGACGGAAUAGAAUUGCAAAUGUCAGCUUGAGACAACAACUAGAGAAUGUGGAUACCCUAUCGGAGGAACUGAUUGACAGUACCAUGAAUACGUUUUUGGAACAAGUGAAAGAUGGAACUUGGGAAUCUGGGGGCUGGCCACAAGUGUUUACUGACUACUCAUUGUCAAAGCUUGCUGCUAAUGCUUACACCAGGCUAAUGGCGAGGAUACUUUCUGAUUGGCCAGAGGGUCAUAAGAUAUAUAUGAAUUGCUAUUGCCCAGGUUGGGUGAAGACUGCUAUGACCGCGUGGGCUGGGCAUACCUCUCCUGAAGUCGCUGCUGAUACUGCAGUCUGGCUUGCCCUUAUCUCAGACCAGUUUGUGAGUGGCAAGUUUUUUGCCGAGAGGCGUGAGAUAAACUUCUAAAGUGGACAUUCAAGACAUUCAAGAAUCACCCCAGUUUCUUCUUCUUUCGAACCAAAAGAUGCUGAGUACAUAUGUUUUUUCCUUUCUACUAUAUUACAAGAGUACAUGUCUGUUGAAUGACAAUAAAUUCAAAUAGAAGGGUAAUUUGGAGAUUCCAACCUUUUUGUAAGAUUAACUUGCUUAAAAGGGUUGUCAUUAGUGCAUUGUCACUAGGACCUUAUAGCUCCUGGAAUAAUCUGUCCUUCGAUUAUGUCAUGUUUCUCCCAAAGAUGUGGGGUUUACUUUGCCAAA